UACGUUACCAUUUCCGGGUCUUUCGGAGUCAUAUAGAUGACAGCUAUGGCGAAGAAACAUGGACAAAAAGAUUCUUCAGAGGUAUAUUUUGAUACAACAACAAAAACAGUCAUGGCACAGACGACACUUAGUCAAGAUAAAUUGAAAACAAAGAUCGCUGCUGUUCGUGAAGUGGUAUCACGUUCCAGUAACAAUGACAUUCUUCUUGUUCUCCAAUACUUUGAUUAUGAUGUUGACAAAACAAUACAGUCCUUUGUUGAGGAUGGUGCUUCUGAAGUACUAAAAGAAUGGAACUUUACUGGAAAGAAGAGUAAAAACAAUAAAAAAAACAGAAAAAAAGGUGGAGGACAUAAUGAUUCAAAGCCACAGAAUGAGAAAAAAGCAGUUGAACAUAGUGGAGAACAGGGUGCAGUUAUGAAGACAAGUCAAGUUAAUAAUGUUGAUAUCUCUACUGGUCCACCUUCAAUUACCAAUGCCAUUUCUCAGCCUCACACAGUUAGGGAUGGAUCACAUCAAGACAACAGUACUAAGUCUGAACCAUAUAAAGACAGAGUUGAUGCUGUCUCCCAUAAAGAUAGACCAACCUUUUUGGAAUUUAAAAAGGAAACUGCUACACCACUGGAGAGACAUGUAAACUACUCCUUGUCAUUGUCGGCAUCUGGAGAUACCUCAGCAGUACUGGAUGAUGUAUCAGUAAUAAGUAAAACAAAGAGACAACGUAAUAGCAGUGAAUGUAGUAACACAUCCAAUUCUGCCAGCACUGGGGGCAGAAAUAAACAUAAAAAACCAAUGGCAGUAUUAGAAAGAUCUGUCAAAGAUCUUCAGAGAACAACUGUUCCUCUUGGACGCUAUAAAAACUUACUUAACGAGGAAAUUGAUAAGUCACUUAAACGCAUGAAGAAAGCUUUUGAUGGAAUACGUAAAGCUGUUGAUGAGAGGGAAGCUGAAAUGAUACAGCAGUUAAAGGCAGUCAAACUGGAAGGAAAUGAACUUCUGGAAGGAAGACAGAAUAAAGCUGCCGACCUAAAAAGCAUGACUGAAAGAGGUCUAGUACUGAAAGAUUCUGAAAUUGCUGAAUUAAAAGCUGAAAUUAAGCAUUUUGUUGGUGAAAGAAAGGUUGAUGAAGAGCUUGGUAAAACCUAUAGAUUUAAAUAUGAAGAUGAAACUGUUAUAAAGAGUAUUCGAGAAUUUGGUGAAAUUGUUCCCAUAAAGACUCGUUACACUACACGUCGCCAGUCUGUGUCCUCUGUUACUAGUAGUGUUGUGAGUCAUGACGAUACAACUCCACUACCGACCCCUACUACUCCAUUACCAGUCAGUAAUGAUAAAGAUGAUGCUGAAGAUGAUACAGAUGAAGCAACUGCUGCUGAACUUGCUGAAUUAUCUGCCAGACUUCAAAACUCUCUCAAAUUUCAG